GUAGAUCUACAAGUCAUGCCCCACAGCGGCAGCAGCAGCAGCAGCAGGCAAUCAUGUUUUGAAUAUCAGACAAACCUCGAAGACACCAAACGACACAUCCGCUUCAAGAUGGCAGCGACCUUGUGUGGCAGGGUUCUUCCAAAAACGGGAUGGUUGCCUUUGACUGAGAGCGUCCGUCAUGGCUCCAAGGCAGUCACCCGCCACAGAAAGCCCAUGCACUUUCUCAAGCAGAAGCUGAUGGCGGUCACUGAGUACAUUCCACCAAAGCCCAUUCCUCCUCCUGGAGCCCUUUCUCCAACCGUCAGGAAGACCGAGCUGGAAAGUGGUCUGGUGAUUCUGCUGAAGAGAGAGUUGGCAACUGUGUUCAGGGAGUGUAAAAUGAUUGCCGUUGUCCAGAACAAUGCCUCCAGUGCAGAGGACAUGCUCUUGUUGAAACACAGGCUUUAUAGACAUGGCAUAACCGUCAAAUAUUUCUCUAACCAGGUAAUGAGGUCCUUUCUGCCUGACAGCCGGUAUAGUAAUAUGCAGCCUCUGUUCAUUGGACCGACUGUUAUGUUUGUCAGCAAAGAGCCAAAAGUGAAAGAAAUGUUAAAAGUGUUGAGGAGUAGCCCACAGAUGGUGCUCUUAGGAGCCUGUAUAGAGAACACCCUGCUCUCCAGAGAAGGCAUACUUAACUACUCCAGACUGCCAUCCAUGGCCACGGUCUGCGGUGAGCUCGUCGGAGGCCUGGCAUUGAUGACCUCGCAGACUGUUUCGCAGCUGCGUCACCACCCUGCCCACCUCUCAGCCCUUCUCCAGCAGUAUGUCGAACAGCCGCAGUCCGCAAGCACCCCGGAGCCCGCUGGACGCGAGACGGCCUCUGCCAUGGAGGAGGCUGCCGCCUGAUCCAGUGUUGCUCCGCGAUGGACAUGAAUUAGCCGUUUCUGAAGGGGUUUCAUGUCUGAAUGCCAGUACUUGGACGCUGUUUACGACAUUUAUACUUUGUUGACAUCAUGGACUGAAGGGCGGAAUGCUUGAUAAUUGACAUGUUAUUGUCAUUGUGAGCUUUAUUUUUUACGGACCUAUUAACAUACAGGUCUUCUCUCAUACAAAAGUGAAUAUUUGCUUUUGCUUCACAUCACGAUUCAAUAUAUAAAUAAAUUACCAAAUAGUCAAUAAAGUUUUUCUCUUUGCUUGGCAUUUUAUUGCUUAAUAUAUGAAUGUGGGCUAAUUCAAAUAAACAUGCAGAUUGCA